CAGGAAGGCAAACUUCUCCCUGCGGACAAACGCGCGCGGAGCUAGCCCUGCGCGCGCGCCUGCUGACACAAUGCGCAGACCUUUGUUAACGAGAGGAAUUUGGGAAGUGCUCAUUCGGCAGCAGUUUUCCACGAUUUUAUCGUCUCCUAUCAUCUAUCUAGAGCCGCAUGAUGGCUACAGCUCCUGCAGCCGAUGCAACACUAACUCCAGAAGAUGUGAA